AUGAUACUUUACGAACAUUUUAUGGAAAUUAAUCGAAAUAUCCUAGAAUAUGUUACAGAAGUCAACAAAAUGAAAGAAGAAAUACAAAGAGCAGACCUAGCCGAUAAGGAGCUUAGAAAUAAGCCGUAUAUUCCAUAUCAAGAGCUUAAAGAUGAUACUAUUGAAACGACCCAGAGAAAUUCUCUUAAAUACACUUCCCGUGUAACAGAUACAAUAGUUAAUAUCAUAAAUGGUCAACUUAUGUAA